AGGUAUUUCUUUGGUUGUUUGAUGUGCUGGGGAGAAGAAAGGAACGGCAAGCAGAACGAGGAGGAAAGCUGCAAAUCCAUCUUGCUUAUGAACCUCUAAGUCUCCUGCAGACCUGGAUGGCAGGGCCUGACCCGGCCGGCGUGGCUUAACCGGAUCCAUGAAGGCAUCUGCUGAGCUGGGGAUCCAGCCCCGCCAGUUCCAACGCAGUGGGAGGAGAGGCUACAGGGUCACGGCCAAAGCCUCCUACGUAGACGAGUCACUCUUCGGCAGCCCCGCAGGACGACUGAACGCCAGAGCAGAGUUUGACCCACCAUGGGUGUGUAAGAAAGCUAGUUCUCCGAGACCCCUUUUGUGGAGUUCCAAGACGACACAAUGGGAGGUGGACACCAGCCCCUCGACAGUCGCUCCGCCCACCAGCACUCCGAGAAAGGGAAAUAAAUACAGGCUGAAAAGUCACACCCCAUCCUACUGCGAUGAGACCUUGUUUGGGCCAAAGCCAGGGGUUUGGGAGCAGGCGACUCCCUGGAUGGUGAAGGGGGAAGUGGCUAAGCUCCGCCCUUUGCUUUUGACUCCACCUUCAGCUGCGAGGAACCGGCCAGUCCUUUCCCCUCGUCCGAAGGACACGCCCCUGAGAGCCUUCCAUGCGGAGACACCGGACACUCAGGGCAAAGAGGCAUUUGGAACCUGGCGUGGAGGAGAAAGUUCUCCUUGGGGGCACCCUGAGAACUGCUUAGACGCAGACAGCCAGGAAUUUCUGGGACGGGCGCCCCCCCAGCCUGUUAUCCGGCUGUAUAAAACUUCUGAGGGUUCCCAGGCCCACCUAAGCAAGCCAAGGACAAGUGUGGAGCAGGAUCACCAAUGCUCAGUGGCUUCCCCAGGGUCUCUGCCUAGACAACGUUCAAAUAAUUUGUCCGAGUCGUCGUCUGCCAGGGUCAUAAGAGCUACAAGCUCAUGUAAGCCCAGGCCGCCCUGGAAAUAAAUAAAUAAAAAGA